AUGACGGAAUGCUAUAGUCCAAAGAUGGUGGAAUUCAGCGAAGAUCUUAAAACACUUAUAGAAUUACCACCAAUAGAAUCUUGGCCAAUUGAUAAGUGUAAAUAUAUGGAACAUGGCAAAGUGCUAACUAAAAUUAAUAGUAAUAAAAUUUGUUGCUUACAAAGACAGCCUAUCACUGGAUGGCAUUUAUGCUAUGUUAUUCGAACAAGCGAUGAUAUUCUCAUUAUUUUUAUAACUCCUGAAAAGGGCUUUGUUCUCAAUUUAAGCUCUGCUAUAUACAUGAGAAUAUCACGCAAGAAAACUUCCGCAAAUAAAAGAAUGGGUAAAGUUAAAGUAAAGUGGGCAUUUGGGAAAGUCGAACUGAAAUUUACGGAAAACCAAAUUCUUAUCUGGCGCCAAAGGUUCCUGUCAUCAUUCGGACAAAUCGGUGAUGAGACCAAAACUUCUACGAUCAUUAACUCAAAGAUACAAAGUGAUAAAUCUGAUAAGAAUGAAAUAGAUCAUGAAGGAGAGCGGGACACGACAGAUUCAGUAUUGAGUUUAAAUGGCAAAUAUCAUUUGCUUUCGCAUUCAUCGAAAUCAUCCGAAAAUUCCCAACGCAUCGGACCAAUUCUAUUUCACCCAGAAAUGGAAAAGACUGCGUCAGUACUUUGA